UCUUGACCAAUGAAGGAAAAGAUUUUCAGUUUAUGCACUCCAGAAUUUGCUAUAUUUAGCCGUUUGGAGAAGGAUAGAGAUGAAUGACCAGAACCCAAAAUUACCAUGAUUAUAUUCAAGGUUCCAAGUUUGAAAUGAAAAAGUUGAGGGAGACAGAUUGUCAGAGUCACUGCAUUGCAUGAUGGGAUAAGGAAAGCAGGAGACAUGAGAACAUAUAAAGAACCAAAGCGAAUUGAUAAGCCACGCAUUCGAGAUUCAGCAAUCAGACAGCUUAAUGAUGCUGCCAAAUUUGCUGCGAUUCAUUCAGCUGCUGUCAGUUUGCGAGAAGAAGAGGAAAAUGCCAGGAAGUGUGAAGACCGUCCAAGUGGGUCAUGUGACAAUCAUGUGACCCAAGACUUUAGUGUAGAGAAAACUGUCAUCAACUGUCAAACCGAGAGUUAUAAAACUGAAGUUUCCCUGACAACAGGGACAGUUACUAUAACAGAAGUGGCCAAUAAGCCCUUCCCUCUCUCCAGCAAUGAACCCAAAAAUCAAGCCGAUGACAAAGAUUCCUCGUUUUCUUCCUCUCUGUCCUCUAUCCCUACCGACUCUUACAUCUCAUCGGACGCAAAACUCAGUGACCUUGACAACUCAGGAAUUUCUACCCAUGAUCCUCCACUCUCACCACACCAGACGACGGAAAAUGGGAUGGAUGUGGAUGAAAAGAAAAGUGAUGCUGAAGAUUCAGUGCCAGAGACCAAAAAAUCUACGCCCUCAAAAGUGGAGAAAAGGAAGGCCCCAAAACCUGUGAAAAAGAAGGCACCGAUUGACCGUGUCGAUAAAAAGUCUCCAAAAGAGAAAGUAAAAAAGGUGCCCGUGAAAAAGAAAAUCAACAAGAAUGCUCAUGAAGGUAAAAUUAUCAAAAAUAAGACUGUGAAAGGAAAAAAGAAAGCAAAAACUGAGGAGGAAAAUGAAGAUGUGAGUGCUGUUGAUUCAUCUUUUGGGGACAUCAGCAAGACAGACGAAAGUGGAGCAUCUGUGUCUCCAAGAGCAUCUAAAAGGACACCCAAAAGGAAUCGUAAAUAUCACAGUGACGAUGAGCAGUUUCAUAGCAUGGAGGAUGGCAGCCCAAGUCGUAAGAGGUCCCCCAGAGCUGUGAGGAAGAGGAAAAUUAACUUCAAUGAGGAUGAGGAUGAUGAAUUUGAAGAUGAACGUUUUGAUUUUGAUGUAGACGUACCUGAAAAGGUGGAGGUGGCAAAACCAAAACCUCCACCAAAAAAGUGGAAGAAGGUGGAGUUGAAUAGUGAACAUGGGAAUAGGGAAAAUGACAAUGAUUCUAUGAUCACUGAUGAUCUUAUUCCUAAGCCAAAAAAGACUAAAGGAUUAAAAAAAGUUAAAACUGAAAUUAACAGUGACAAUGUAGUAGUGCCUAAUGAAAUAGAAAAAGUGGAAAAAGACAAAGACAGUCCUCCAAAGAAAAAGAAAUUAGUGAAGAAAAAGAAAGUGGAGAGUGUGAAAGAUAAGGACAAUGGUGAGAAAGAUAGUGCUACAUCAGAGGUGAAAAAACCUCCAAAGAAAAAGCGGCCGCCAAAGAAGAAAGUGGAGAAAAGUGUGGAAGGUAAAGAAAACGGGGAAAAUAUUACAGGGGAAGGAGAGGAGGAAAAUGAGGAAGGAUCAGAAACGGAGGUGAAAAAGGAGCAAGUGAUAAUGUAUUGUCCUCUGUGUGGACAUAUAUCACGGAGCAAGAGUGCCAACACUCGACACAUCAGAAGGUGUGUGGAAAUUCCUAGAUCAGACAUUGUGGCCGAAAAGUCUACAGAGAGUGGAAAAUCCAUGGAAAGUGGAAAAUCCGCGGAGGUUGAGGAAAAGGAAAAGAAAGAAAGUCUAGAUGAAACGGAGAAAAAGGAGGAAAAAGAUGAAAUGCGUGUUGAUCAAGAAAAACUAAGUAAUGAUGAAGUAAAAGAAAAUAAGGAGGAUGAGGAGAAUGAGUCAAGGGAAGAGAAGGAUCACUUGGAUUCCAGUUUUGACUUAUCUGGAGAUGAGGAAGAAAACGUGGAGAAGCAAACGACAGACUCAAAACCUGAAGGAGCGGGUCCCAAAAAAUCAAUAAACAUUGAAACUCUGAUGAAAAAACAGAGCCCAGACACUACGUUUAAGUGUGAACACUGUGAGUAUGCCACACCCAAGCGAGCCAUGCUGGGGAGGCAUCUAAGGACCCAUGGGAUAUACGUCUGUCUGCGAUGCAAUCUGAUUUAUGACUCUAAGGAAGUUCUCAAGGAACAUGUGUUUCAGGAACAUAAAGAUCGUGCCGAUUAUAAACUUUGUCGAAAGUGUAGUCGGUAUAUUCGCUGCCAUGAGAUAUCGUUAGAAAAACAUAUGGACGAAUGUACGGGACCUGUGCCAUUUAAGUGUAAAUUCUGUGAGAAGGAAUUCAAGUACGAGUCUUCAUUAAAAUCUCAUAUUAUCCGUCAUGACCCAGACGCCCCCAAACGCUUCAACUGCCCACAGUGUACAUACAAAUCAAACUACAAAGCCAAUCUCAAAAAGCAUUUGAAAAAUAUUCACAACACGGAACGUGUGAAACAGGAGUUUCCAUGUACGUUUGAAAACUGUGAGAAGAAAUUUCACACAGAGGACAAUUUAAAACGGCAUUUGAAGUUUCACUCAGACGUGAGGAAUUAUCUGUGCCCCCAGUGUCCUAAACGUUUUAAAACAUCGGCAGCUUUAAGGGGUCACGUGAUCGUACACGACCCUGCUCGUCCAUUUAAGUGCAAUAUCAAUGAUUGUACGAAAGACUUCAGAUCCAAAAAACUCUUGAAAAAUCACAUGGAGGAAUAUCAUAAUUUAACUGAUAAAAAAUUUCCGUGUGAUUUUGAGGGCUGCAAAUUCACUUUCUUUAAAAGGAGUCAUUUGCAAAGACACAAAAUUUCCCAUACAGGUGAGCGUAAGUUUGGUUGCUCGGUGUGUGGGAAGGCUUUCAGACAUGCAGACAACCUGAAGGUUCACAUGAGGCAGCACACCAAUGAGAAACCCGUGGCCUGUGAGCUGUGCAGCUUCACGUGCCGCCAGAAAAGCUCACUACAGUACCAUCUACACAAGUUCCACGGAAUCGCACCCAAACCAAAGAAACCCAAGAAGCAAGGGGAUGGGAAAAACAUGGCAUCAACGCCAAAUGACAGCAAACUGAGCGUGUUAUCUCAAGAGUUCAAGGAGAACCAGAAAGAUUCGGUGGAGAAGAUGGAAAAUAGUUUCGACUCAAAACCACUGACUCCUAAACCCAAACCUGUAAAUCCUGCGAUGGACUUGUACGAGUUUCGGUCGGACGAAGAGUUUGAUGAUGACUCGGUGUUAUUGCCUUUACGACAGGAUAAAACGUCUACGCCAAUUCGGCACGAGAAGCCUUCGUAUUUGUCGCACACACCCAAAUCUGAUCUUUUAGACAGGACUUCAAAGAGUUUAGACUUUGAUGAGGACAAACUCAGUGAUAUUGAUACUCAGACAGACAAAAAAGAAACCGAAGAUCAAAAAGAGAAAGAAUCUAAAACCAGAAAGGAAGAGAAUGAUGAAGAAGGAGAGGAACCAGCUAAAACCACUGCCAAAACCAAGAAACCGAAGAAAACACCGGGGAGGAAGAAAAAGGUUAAAGAUGCUGAAACCGCAUCACCAUCAAAACCGAACAAGGAGGAGAGUGCUAAACCAGAGGAAACCAAGGACUCUAAGAAAGAGAAACCGGUCAAACCUAAAGGCAAGAGAGGGAGAAAACCCAAACCGAAACCUGAGGAAGCUGAGACAACAGAAACUGCUGCUGAUAAAAAAGACUCGGAACAAGUGCCUGUCAAACCUCCAAGGAAGAAACCAGGUCCAAAACCCAAAAAUAAAGCAAAGUCACCUGAGGAUGCUGUGAAAGUUCCCAAGAAACGUGGGCCCAAAAAGAAGAAACUGCCUGUACCUCACGACGAGUUAACUGAAGAGGAGCCAAGUUCGCCACAGAAGAAAAAACGUAAAUAUGUACGCAAAAAGAAACUGGAAAAACAGGUGGAAGAGAAGAGGUCAAAGGGAGGGAAGAAGAGAGAAGAUGCUGAGACAGAAGAGGAAGAUACCAUUAUAUACAGUGAGUUGGAGCAUAAUACUGCUAAUGAAGAUGAUGGAGAAGCUACAGAAAUUGAGGGCUUCAAUGAUGAAGAAGGGGGAAGUAAAACCCCCGAUUCACCCAAGUCACCAGAAGAACCGGAGGAACCUAGAGAGGAAGUGGAGAAGGAAAAGGAAAGGGAGGAAGAGAAGGAAGUGAGUGAGGAGGAAAAGGAAAAAGUGGAGGAAAAGGUGGAGGAACCAGUGGAAACGAAAUCCACGAAAGAGGAGGAGGAGAAGAGGACCAGUGAGGCAGAGAGUGACAGGAUGAGUAGCGGGAUCGAUACCGAUUUUGAGGACGACUUGAAGCCCCCUCCUGCUCCUCGACCCCCUCCGGUAGUGGAGAGCGAUGAAGGAGAUAUUGAAUCAGGACCUGAAGACAUGGAUACUCCAGGUCGAGAUUUCGAGUCAACUCCACCUAAGUCGGUACAGAACCACAGUGUACAGAGUCUUCCUGGCAGGGAUUAUGAAUCCACCCCAAGAGAUUAUGAAUCUACUCCUCCAAAAUCAGUGCAACCAGACAGUGUUCCCAACUAUGGCAGCAAUGAGAAUAAGAACGAUGUCAUGUCUCCACCUUCUAAGGGAUACUCCAGUGUCGAAGCAGCUAAAAGAGAUCUUUCUGUUGACUCCCAAAAUGAGGACAGGGAGAUUUCUAAUCCUGUGCCCAGCAACAGCUAUCCACAGACAGGGUCUGUGGAGCACCCCUCAUCAGUAGCUAGCAACCCCCCACCAGGGUCUCAAAGCAAUACAGGGUACGGGUCCCAGUCAGAAUCAGCCAUGCCAGAGGUAGACAAGGAUUAUCUUGGACAGUACCUCCAGCAGUUUGAUUCUGGGGGCAGGUCGUCAGACGACAACAGCCGACUCAACCCAUCUGUAGAACGACCUCCAGAACAUAUCAACAUUCCUACAUCACCCCAGGAUAAAGAGUUGCCUCCCCUUAAUUUGAGUUCGUCAGUGCCACCUUUAAAUCUCAGCACUACUCCAGAUAGAGACUCCAUGCAUACUAAGGGAGCUGACUUGUCUAAUAAGAGAAUGGAGAUUUUGGCCUGCGAUAGACAACAGGAGGAGCACUUCCAACAGAGAUCUGAAAACCCAAGUCGUUCAUCAGAGCGGAUACCUGAUAACGUGUACGAUAGCUUGUCUUCUGUUAUGAACUCUUACCUGCCUGGGUCAAGAGAAAAUCCAUCUCUCUUCCCUCCUACAACUACUUCAUCGUAUGCAUUUUCAGAGAGUGAAUCCAUUCUGCAGCGGCAAAGGAUGACCACUCCAUUUCUCACUCAAAGUGACCCCAAUGCUUUACAAAACCUACACAGAAUGGCUGACUCUGCUUUAACUGCUAACAACCCAGCAUCUCUUCUCAGGCGUCCAACAACGGUUCCUUCCAGGGAAGAGAUAUUUCCACCACCUUCAGCAGUCUCGCAAACAAUGGCUCGUAACCCGUUCCAUACGUCAUGGACUUCCCAAGAUGUUCGACAUCCACACUGGAGUCAGGCGUCUUAUCUACAGAGACAGACAGGGUCCACCACUAACCCUCUCUUUCCAAAAGAUAACUACCUCCCUGGAAGAGAUUUCAUGUUCGACACGUCCAGACGCACAGUGACAGAGAGGAACAUGUUCCCAGGCUUACCACAGACGCAGAGACCCGAUCUCCCCCAUGAGACCUUCCCAGGAUUUGAGUUCGGUUAUUUUGGGAGUCAUGGCUACCCUGGGGCACCACCCCUGGAUUACACCAGAUCCUCCUCUCAAACCGCUCAGAAGACGUUUGAUGAGAGGUACCGACAGACCGCCACAGGAAUGGGAGAUUUCAGAACAAUUCCUCCUUCGUCUUCCUCCGACAUGUUCAGAUCCAUGAAUCCAUCUUUUAACUUUGACAAGUACAUGUAUGGUAGAGACCCCGUGUACCACCCCCAGCACGUAGGAGACACCACCAACAGCCCGUUCUUAACUCACGGAGUACCCUCACAGCAUGCCAUGUUUGACAGAGACUACACCAGGGGGUUUUAUCACCAGAACAGCCCCUACAGCUUCAUGAAUGACAAGCCCUAUGCGGCUGCUGCUGCUGCAGCCUCAGCCAAGCUCACCCACUCCUCUACCCCGGGGAUGGGUCAGGACAGGGACUUUGUGCCACGCCCCAAUACUGCGGCCGCUGCUGCCGCCGAUAGCCAGAUACCUAUGCAGGACCCGUACCGACACCCAAUGUUAUACAAUAUGAUGAAUAGGUACUUCGAGUCCUGAAAAAUUUAAUAUAUUUAUGUGUGGUUUCUAUGUCUGAUUACUCGCCCUGCCAGGGAUGUUGAAGAUGAUGUUGAAGCCAUAGAUCGAACACGAAAGGCACAGAAGAAAAAAGAAGAGGGGCUGGCCUUGUGCAGUAUGGUGAGAGUACUGGUGAAGUCUUCAGUCACUACCUAAACAUCAAAAGGAUCUUAUACGAUAUAUGUAAUAUAUAUGACAGGAUUUAAAAUUUUUUGUUGUGAUACACUGUAGAUUAAGUGUAUAAAUUAUUAACGUAUCGGUGCCACACAACUCGGAGAUGGCAAAGCUGUUAUUUUGUAAAAAGUAAUAUAUCCUAGGCUUUUGACCCUUGCCUUGUUAGAUCUUGUAACUCUGUGUAUAAACUGAAAUCCUCAGACUUGUAUAAUAUGGUGUGUUGUGAAAUCCUAUCAUUACAUGUUGUUUGCUUAUUGCUGCCUAAGUGAUAGAAAAACGUGUACUUAAUUAGGUAGAUAAGUGUACAAGUAUUUAUCUGCAAUAAUUUUUUAUUACAUGGAAUAUAUCGUAUUACAUGUAGAGUAGAUUCAGUAUUUUUCUUCUGUUGGAUAGGCAGAAGCAAUAUGUGAACAUGAAUGUGCCUGUGGUAGCAAAAUUAAAUCAGAUUUUUUUUUUUUAAGUUUUAAAAAAUAUCACUUUAAUAAUUAAAUUAAAUGUUAAUCAAUUUUGCGAUCUCAUACUGAAUCAUCUUUCAAGGGCUUUAUAUGAUCUAUUUUUGUAUUUGUAUGUGAAAUUAGCAGUUAAAAUGGAAGAGAAUGAGGGAAAAAAAUACUAUUCUUGUAUUGAAACAUAUCCUUAGAAUUGAAGUAUGUAUAUAUACGAGAUACAUAGAAAUCAUGUGAUCUCUUAGAUCAUGUGACGAGAUUGACCUAUCAGAGUGCUUUUUUCUCAUUUAAAACCAUGACAAACUUCAUACUGCAUUUUCAGAUGUUGCAAGUCUGACACAAAACUUAGAGUGCCAAGGCAAUGUAUUAGUUAUUCUGAACAACUGAUAAAAAGAAAAUGUGCAUUAAUAUGAUAACAAGUGAGUUGCAUUCUCUAAUUUGGUGCGUAACUGUGCAAUUGUUGAAAUCAUGUUUUGCAUUUUUAAAUUUGCAUAAUGUCAGAAAAAAAACACCAUGAACAAAUUGUAUAAUAUGUAUAACUGUAUUUUGAAACACACAUCAUUUUUUUACACCAAAAAAAACAACCAUUUUUCCAUUUGUUUUUACACAUUUUAUAUUUGAUCGUUGAAUUCAUCUGUACAAAACUACCAUUGCCAAUUGGUUGUAUUUACUAUCGUGUGCAUUUCUUGCAUGACUAUAACCUGGUGACUCUUAAGAAAUACAAUUUAUAUAUACACACCCCCUAGUAUUUAUUUGUGAAAUGUUAAUGCAUGAUAUGUCUGUAAGUACCUCUAAAUAUAUAUAUCAACCAAGUCCUGCACCCUUAUUUGGUGUUGUUUUUGCCUUUUACCUUUUUUUUUUAAUUUGUUUUCAUUUCUAUUUGAUAGAACAAAACCACAGUAUAAUGAACAGCCAAGUAUAUAAAAAUGUCAGAACAUGUUUCUCCCUGAAAGUGUAUUAUUUUCAGUAAGUUAUUAUAUUAAUUUAAUAGAACAAAUGUGCAUCUUUUUUUUUACAGUGCAAAAAUGCCUUUUCUUGAGAUUGUACAUCCUUUGAUUUUUUUCCCCCAAAUUUUGUUUGAGCACUUGUCAAAAAUCUAACCCCCAAAGAAAGGGAAAUAAUUGUGUAAGGAAAAUAGCAUUGAAACCUUUAGCUUAUUCAUCCAAUGGGACUUUUUUUGCAGAUUUUUUAUUUUUACUUAAAUAUACAUUUAUUUGCUUAAUAUACCAAAUAUAUUCAACAUAUGACCUUAGAAGGGAAAUUAAUUCAAAAUAAAUUCACAGCAUUUUUUUUUCUUUUUCUCUCAGGGUUCGUUGCCAGUAUUUUUUGUUUUUAGGGUUUAAUAUCUUUCAGAAAGUAAAUAAAAACUACCGGUACUUGAAGGCAUUAUGUAUAUUGUAUCAUAUGUAAACACACACUCAAGGGUACUGGUUUUAAAGAUAAUAGCACUCCUGUAAAUGGUCACGGAGGGGUUAAUUUUCUAGAUAUUGCCUUGACAAUUUUUUUUCUUUUCUGCAUUGGAAGAAGGAUUUUUUCUUGGAAGACAAGAAAUAGAUAUGGUGGAUUUAAAUAAGAUUAUUUGUUGAUAUUGGCCCUUUGCUAUAGAAAGUUCUCUGAUCAUAAUUUGUAUGUCUGACAGUAUUUGAUGUUCAUGCUGUAAUUUGAAAGAUGGUGCUAAAGAUAUUUCCCUUUUGGUCCUAAAACAGUGCAUUUUGGAUUGGCAGGAAUUCCACAAUUUGAUGGAUGAGAAAUAUUUCAUUUUCAAAAAAAAAUGCCAAUGAUCUCCUAUCAGUGCUGCAGUUUUUGCUUCUAGGAACAAUACGAGGUCCAUUUGAACCACACAUUUACUUUUCCUACAUAUGAAUAGAGGUCAAACUCUUCCUACGUGGAGGCAUGUUUGUCACCAACUUCUAUACAUAUGUAUAAUGAUUUUGUAAAAGUUGCAAAUUUUUGACAGCCGAAAUUCCAACAUGGUCACCACGAUUUCUGAUUUCACUGAAUAAUUUGAUAGCUUUUGUUAUUAAAUUAGACAUACAUGUAUAAGUAUAACCUUUCUAAGGGGCUUGCAUAAGCCUUUGAAUUAUUUAAAAAUAAAGUGAUUUUGCUUGAAAAUUCUGUAGCAUGGUCUGCAUGGAUGCAAUAUUUUUCUGGUGAUAAUGCAAGGAUAUCAAGGGAGAUAAAUGUGAAUCAAUCUGAUGUAACCCAUGUGAGCAAUAUGGCACCUAAGUUUUAUUUUAUUACAGCAUUUGAAAACCCAGUUUUAUAUCAGUUAUAUUUGUUUACAGUGUUUUUAAAGACUUUCAGUUUUAAAUACCUUCUUUUGUUACUUUUAUACCGAGUGUUGAUUUUUCUCCUUGUUAGGAUUAAGUUAUAGGUUUGUAUCUGCUGAAUUGUUUAUUGUUUGUAUACUUUGUACAUUUUAUGUGUAAAUAAUUAUUAUAUAUAUAUAAUUGUGUGACUUUUUUGUGUUGUUAUUGCGAUAUAUAUACUAUACAUUCAUUAUCAUUAUAUAAAUAUUUAUAAAUAUAUAUAUACAUAGUUAUGGCAAUUCUGCUUGUUGUUCAAUAGGAAACAAAAAAAAAUUGUGAAUGUUGUUAAAGUUAUGUCCCUUUAAAGUUUUUGAUUACAAAUUUUAUUCUGUAAACUUGAUGUUUGUGCAAAAUCUUUUUUUUUUUUUUCUUCUUUUAAAUGAUUGGGACAAAAAAAAAAGAUUGCUAAAAAAACAGCUCCCAUUUAUAUAUAGAUAGCAUAGAUCAUUUUAGAGAUAGUUUUAGAGAAUAAACAUUUUACUAUAUGUCA